AUGUUCCCCCACGCCAACUUGAAUGUCUUUUCACUUCAAUCACUCCAAUCACUUCUACAAACCACUCUCUCUACCACGAUCCAUGGGCCAUUCAUGAUUGUCACUUCAGCGAGGCGAGUAACAGGCCGGGCCUGGGCCUUGGCCGGGUGUUACACAGCCCUCUCCCCUCCUCGACAAUUACGAUACUACAGUUCAGAAGCCCAGACAUCCAAUGAGCUUCCAGUCCAGAGGAAGCCGCCCCAGUUCCGCGACUACUUCGUUACCCAUUUACCUUCGUCAUCACUUCAUCCUGAUCCUCGGGGGCCGACCUCCCCAUUUCACAAACUACCUCGUUCCGAAUCAGUACCGCAUACGGGCGAUAUUUCACAUUCCCCAACAUCGUUUCAGCCUUUGAUCGACCGAGAAACGACAGUUGUGAGAAUCCCGCUACGCAGUGCGAAGCAUCAUUUCGGAGCAGUCUCAGCCCGUGGCACCCGACCAGCAAAUGAAGAUUCAUACCAAGCCGGCGUUAUUGAUAUUCCUGCGUUUGCAAAGCGUCCGCCAGCAUCACUGACCAUCAAUCGAUCCUCAAGAUAUCCACGGGAAUCCCGUGCCGCAGACACCGCCAGCGGCGACCCGCAAAUAUUCUACUUUGGAAUCUUUGAUGGCCACGGCGGAGCGGAAUGCAGUACCUUCCUAAAGGAAUAUCUGCACGAAUACAUUCAAAAUGCGGCCGCAGAUUUUCAGGUCCAGUCUAGUCUCCGGCCCCAGCAACCUGUGAAUGGAGGCGAUUCGCUUCCAGUCAUGCAGAAAAAGAGUCUUCUCAACAGCUGGAGACGUCUAGUCGGUGGCUACUUUAAGCGAUUCAAGCCACCUUACUUUUCUUACUACGGUGCUGACUCCGCAGACGCCGUAUCUAACGACACGGUGUCAAUCGAAGAGGUCAUGGAGUUUGCAUUCCUGCGCGCUGAUCUAGACUUCGUCAAAGCGCAAGCAGCCAAGCGGGACGAUGAUAUGGCCUUGGCUGAGAAGCCAUUGAACGAGAACGAGAUUCUUCACUCUCCCAGUCUCACCCGCACCCCGCAAAUUGGCGGUCGCUCACGAUUCAAGGGCGGUAGUACUGGAUCUAUUGCAAUGAUCUCUACUCCUAGCCCGACACCGUUUUGGCAUCCUGCAGGUCCUUCUAGCCUUUUAGUUGCUCAUGUUGGUGAUACCAGAGUUCUACUCUGCUCCACAGCCACCGGCGAGGCAAUCCCUCUCACUUCUAAUCACCACCCAUCAUCGCCCAUAGAAGCUGCGCGAUUGCGUCGGUACGCUGCCACUUUCGUUACAGACUCAUUCGGCGAGGAACGCAUGAGUGGCCUUGCCAAUACCCGUGCCUUUGGUGACGUGCAAUCCAAGCGUAUUGGCGUCUCCGCUGAGCCAGAGGUUAACCGCAUCGAAAUGGGACCAGCCGAGUACUCGUUCAUAGUAAUGAUGUCCGAUGGUAUCAGCGGCACACUUCUUGAUCAAGAAGUGGUCGAUAUUGUUAAGGAGGCCAGAACACCUGAACAAGGCGCUCGGGAUGUGGUCAGCUUUGCCACCGAGGUCACCAAAGAAGGCGACAAUGCUACAUGUCUCGUUAUCAGACUAGGUGGCUGGGAACGUCGUCUUGAGGGUGGUGUGGGUAGUCUGGGAUCGAAGGAGUCUCGCGAGUGGCGGCGUCAGGAUGCCACCGAUCCGCGCAGGUCACGGACAUGA